UACUGGAGUCAGUUUGAAAAAGUCACGUCUCAAGAAGCUACCACUUAUGGUAUACCUUAUGACUAUCGAUCAGUGAUGCAUUACGGGAAGAAAGCAUUCGCUUUCCCAGGGAAAAUCAGCAUGCAGACGACGGAUCCCAAAUUCCAGGAUGUAAUCGGACACCAGAAAGAUGCAUCGCCAAAUGACUACCGUAAGAUAUGCAAAAUCUACGGAUGCUCUACGUGUGCGGGCGGUAAAGUGGAUCUGGAAGACAAAGAAGGUCAGGGUAGCCGCGACAAAGAUGGAGACGAUGACCACGACUCAGUCACGGAGGAAACUGUGUGGAUUCGAUGGGUUCAUUUUGUCGGACGAUGGCCAAAGUGGGGAUGCUCGACUGUGGCUACUUUGGCCGACGGCACUGCUGUGCGACUUGUUCUACUCAAAGUAGCAAAUGGAUAG